CUCGUUACAUAGCAUAUAUGACUAUGACUCGAGGUGGUGUUUCAGGCAAAUUAAGGCCAUGGAAGAGUUCUUCAACCCAUUAGGGACUUCACUUUUGGUACCAUCAGUUCAAGAGUUGGCUAAACAGAAUUUGUCUACCGUUCCACAUAGAUACAUUCAGCCUCAAAAUGAAGAAGCUAUUAGUAUCCCUGAGAUUCCAAUUAUUGACAUGCAGAGCUUGCUCUCUGUAGAAUCUUGUAGUUCUGAAUUAGCCAAGCUUCACCUUGCAUGCAAAGAAUGGGGAUUCUUCCAGCUGAUAAACCAUGGUGUUAGCUCAUCCUUGCUCGAGAAAGUAAAGUUGGAGAUUCAAGACUUCUUCAACCUUCCAAUGUCAGAGAAAAAAAAGUUUUGGCAAACUCCACAGCAUAUGGAAGGAUUUGGACAAGCAUUUGUUGUGAGUGAAGAUCAGAAACUUGAUUGGGGUGAUUUGUUCAUUAUGACCACUCUUCCAACACAAUCGAGAAUGCCUCACUUAUUUCCACAACUCCCUCUUCCUUUCAGAGACACUCUAGAACUUUACUCACACAAAAUGAAAAAUCUAGCCAUGGUAAUUAUUGGCCAUAUGGGAAAAGCUUUGAAUAUAGAAGAAAUGAAAAUAAGAGAGUUAUUUGAAGAUGGGAUACAAUUGAUGAGGAUGAAUUAUUACCCACCAUCUCCUCAACCUGAAAAGGUUAUUGGACUCACAAAUCAUUCAGAUGCAACAGCUCUCACUAUCCUCUUACAAGUCAAUGAAGUAGAAGGGCUACAGAUAAGGAAAGAUGACAUGUGGGUUCCAGUUAGGCCCAUGCCAAACGCCUUUGUCGUUAAUGUUGGGGAUAUCUUGGAGAUUAAUACUAAUGGGACAUAUCGAAGUAUUGAACACCGAGCAACGGUGAACUCUGAAAAGGAAAGGCUUUCAAUUGCAACAUUCUAUAGCCCAAGACAAGAUGGUGUGAUAGGUCCAUGGCCAAGUUUGAUCACUAAACAAACACCAGCACAAUUCAAAAGAAUCGGAGUAAAGGAAUACUUUAAGAAUUUCUUCGCCCGUAAACUUGAAGGAAAGUCUAACAGAGAUGCCUUGAGAAUAGAGCAUCACAACUGAACUUAUUAAAUUAGAAAAAUAAAACAGUUGCAUUAAUUAUAAGUGUCAGAAAAGAUAUAAUGAUGACCUAAAUAAGGUUAUCUGAACCAUGUGUGUAGUGCAGUAAAAAAAAGUGAGCCAUGUGUGUAGUGCACCAUAUUACUCUAAAAUUACAAAGGGAAUGUUGACUACAUGUAUUGGUUUUUUUA